AUGGCGCAUCCAUUGAUUAUCUUAGGCUAUUUUGCUGCAUGGUCAAUUUACGCACGGAACUAUUUUAUUACGGACAUACCGGGUGACAAAAUCACCCACAUUAAUUACGGUUUUGCCAAUAUCGGAUCCGAUGGACUUAUUGCCAUAGGAGAUUCAUGGGCUGACUUAGAAAAAGCAUUUCCUGGUGACACAUGGGAUCAGCCGUUGCGUGGAAACUUCAAUCAGUUAUCGAAACUGAAAGAGAAAUGGCCACAUAUUAAAACUCUGAUUUCUGUUGGUGGUUGGACAUGGUCAGGAAAAUUCUCGGAUGUUGCAGUAGAUCAAAAUGCUCGACGAAAGUUUGCUGCGUCUUGUGUUGACUUUGUUCUCUCAUAUGGAUUUGAUGGUGUCGACCUUGAUUGGGAAUAUCCUGUUUCUGGUGGAUUGAGCACAAAUAUCCAUCGUCCAGCUGAUCGUGAAAACUAUGUUCUAUUAUUGGAAGAAAUUCGUGAACAACUGAAUGUGGCUGGUUUGCAAAAUGGAAAAACAUACUUGUUGACUAUCGCAACAGGAGCAGGCACCGAACGAAUCGCCGACAUGGAUUUGAAGAAUAUGGUAAAAUAUCUAGAUUGGAUCAAUGUCAUGACAUACGAUUUUCAUGGUGGUUGGGACACGAUAACCGGUCACAAUGCUCCAAUGUACAUGAAUCCAGAUGACGCAGCAGCUGACGUUGCACCCGGUUAUAUCAAAUCGAGAUACAACUCCCAUAGCGCUAUCCAAGCGUAUAUUGCAGCUGGUGUACCGCGGGAGAAAUUACUCUUUGGCUUGGGUCUCUAUGGUCGUGGAUGGCAAGGUGUGAAAAAUAACAACAAUGGCUUAUUCCAAGACGCAUCGUCUCAAUUGCCCAUGGGAACAUGGGAGAACGGUGUGUUCGACUAUGAUGAUUUGAAAAGCAAAUACAUGCCAACAUACGGAAAAUAUUGGGAUGAUAAGUCAAAAGUUCCGUACCUGUACAAUCCAUCAACAGGCGUUUGGAUCUCCUAUGAUGAUGUGUCAUCAUUUCAAAUCAAAAAUCAAUACGUUCUGGAUGAGAGACUUGGUGGGGCCUUUUUUUGGGAGUUCAGUCAGGAUCGAAAUAGUGAACUGAUCGGACUGACUCAUCAAAUGUUAAACCAAGGUAUUGUGCCAUCAACAUCAAAAACGUCAGUACCGCCUACAGGUGCCACAACAGUUACACCUAAUCUGUCAACGCUGUCAAGUACAUCGUCGCCGUCAACAACAACUAAUGGAGGCGGAAUAGAGUCUCCAUGGCAACCCAAUGUUUCCUACAAGAUUGGUGAUAAAGUCUUAUAUGGAGGGAAAGUGUAUAUGUGCAUUCAGCCACAUACAUCAUUAGAAGGCUGGACACCAGUAGCUGUUUCUGCACUUUGGCAACCCGUCAGUUGA